UAGACAGGAUUACCACGGAUCCUGAUUUCAUGAGACCUUAAUUGAAGACAACGCCACGAAGCCAAGACCAAUUUGAUCAUCCAUUCUUCAGGUUUCUCCUGAAUGUUGUCUUUUAUUGGACCACUUGCGUGAGGAAAUAGAAUUUAGGGCUUCAGUCACACUCAAAGAAACCGUCGUAUACUGCAUUUCGAGCAUCUAAACUAGUUUUCUUUAGCAGAACUGUAACUGUAUCACAUGACUCUACUUGCGAGCAUGCGGCGCCACAGUCUAGGCGUGCAGCAUCACUUGCACAGGUGGAGCAUCUGCGGGACGGACGGGAGGCAGCUUCUUAGCGGUGGUUUCACGACCUCCGACAUAGGUAAGGUGUCCCGAUCCAGUUCAUGCUCGAGCUCCACAGAGAGCUGCUCGUCGUCCUCUUCUGACUCGGCUCUGUCAUCCGAGUCUGCUACUCCCAGUUCGAUCGGACCCUUCAGGGUUGUCCUGAUCGGAGACAACGGCGUCGGGAAGUCAGCGCUCGCAAGUAUAUUCGCUGGAGCAUCAGACAGUAUGGGCAGCGAAUGCGAGUUAUAUGGAGGUGAAAUAUUUGAGCAGACUAUGAUGGUAGAUGGUGAAAGGGCCACAGUUACCCUGCUCGACACUUGGGAUUCACAGGAUGAGGGCAGCUGGACACAGGAGCGUUGUCUGCAGACAGGAGAUGCUUUCAUCAUAGUCUAUUCCAUAACAGAUCGAUCGAGUUUCCUUCGUGCGUCAGAGCUCCGUAUUCAGCUGCGGCGAGAGCGCCAGGCUGACCACACGCCCAUCAUCCUCGUUGGCAAUAAAUGUGACCUGGUCCGUUGCCGAGAAGUGUCCAUUAGUGAGGGUCGUGCAUGUGCUGUUGUGUUUGACUGUAAGUUUAUUGAGACAUCAGCAGCGAUGCAACACAAUGUCUGGCCGCUGUUUCAAGGUAUCAUCCGCCAGCUCCGUCUGCGAAGAGACAGUGUGGAGACCAUCACCAGACGUCGUGCUCUUUAUAAGCGUCAGGAGAGUUUACCCAAAAAAGCAAAGCGUUUCAUUGACAAAAUCGUUGCCAAGAAGAACAAGCAAGCAGCCUUUAAACUUAAGUCCAAAUCAUGUCAUGACCUGUCUGUAAUGUAGGGCUUUGGGGCUCUGAAUGUGUGUUGGUUUGUUUAUAUGUAAGCAUUGUAUGAAGUUUGGAUCCAAAAUAAUUUACAUUUUGUAAAGUAUCUUAUGUGACUGUCAAAUGUUUGCUUUGCAUCAUUUACUGUGUGUAUGAGUUUUUGAAGAAGACUAUGUAUGUCUAUAUUAGACUGUGCUGUAGAUGAACAACGAUUACAGGCUUCUUGCUCCCUCUGUGAUGGACAGAACGCUCUAGUGUUGCCCAUCUUCCUCUAAACAUUUCAAAAGCCAUGGAUUGCACAGAAUUUUUCUGGGAAUCCCAAAAAUUAUAAACCUAAUUAACAUCCGAUCAAUUUCGUGAAAGAUAUUUGCUUUGAAUUGUAAAACAUCAUUGAUUGUAUCUUAUGUGUGUAAAAAUAUAUAUUUUUCAUUCAAAUUUUGCACAGUUUGAGCGUAUAAUAUCUAAAAGAAAUAAAAUAUUUGGUUUUCUAUGAUACGUCUGGAAUACCUUGAUACUUUGGAACUUCAUAAGUCCAGAAAGAAAAGCUGAAAAGCAUUUUUAUGUCAUUAUUUGACCCCUCAGCUUGGGUCUUUACAUCUCGCUCAUUAUCCACCCACAUGCCCUGUAUGUGGAAAGUAUGUACUUAAAGCAAGUGGUCUGCACUCUACAUGCAAGGGUCACACAUUAAUAGAAAUACAUUACCCAUACAUUAACCUUGAUAAGAACAUGCACCAGCUGUUCCUGUAGUGGGUGCAUAUUAGAAAUGGAUUAUAGCUUCAGAGAUGCUGUGUGUUCUGUUCUCUGUCCUUCAUUCUCUGUCCUUUGUCAUUUCUCUAACAUAUGAUGCAGAGGAAGAAAUUGUUGAUUUUAAAGUGUCAGUCAUAAUUCACAGAUGUCUGAUGUAGAUUACAGCAUGGUCUUUUAAUUUUAAACUCAGCUCUA